AAAAUACAUACAACUUAAAGCGUGAACAUAAAUGCAUAUCUUUUCUACAUUGUUUAUCCUCUAAGAUAAAAUGUGUCAUAUCGGCCUAAACGUGACAUAACAAACAAAUCUUCUAGGGAUAAAGUCUUCAUCCAGUCACUGAAGCAGUUGGCUCUGGUUUAAAACACUUCACACAUUUUGCUUUUCAAAAUCCUCUGCUUGAUAUCUGUUGUGCUAUCAGCCAGUCAUAGGGGAAAGUAAAGUAGAUAUUUAUUCACAAGGUAGUUAGAUGGAUAUUGAAUCAGUCGGUUUUCUUCCUCCUCUAUCCUCGCUGCUGUCACUCUGACCUCUGCAGCUCCCUCUCUCUCUCUGUGUUGUUGUUUACUCUGUGUGUUGCUGCUCUGGACUGUGCAGCGGUUCCUCAUUUCAGUGUACGGCAGGUGCUCUGAGCUGAUAUGAACUGACUGAGCAUGUCCCUGGUAACUGGAGGACGGCUCAGGCGGAACUAGAGGAGAUGAUCAACCGUGUUCCCGGCUUUUUCUUCCCCCCGUCUCCACCAAAGCUGCAUUCAAAAGCUCAAUGAGUUGAGGACAGCAGGAGAAUAUGUCUCUUCGUGCCUGGUCCUCCUCCCUCAGUUGUUUGUCUGUUGUGUCUUUUUUUCCCAAACGUCUUCUCCUGUCUGUACAUGCAGCUGCGUUCAAGGCCGAGAGACGACAGGUUAAUUGAACAGUCACGAUGGUGGGAGCCUGACUCACUCUGUUUUUCUGCUGGGUCGCUGGGAUCUCAUGACAGUCCGACACUCAUCGGCUCUGUUGACUGGUCCUUUUGGGACAGAGGCUGCAUGUUUUGCAGUUUCAGUGGUAGAAAUCCUCACUGUGCCUUUUUUUUUUUUUUAUUUGUUUUCUUUAUCACAUUACAUCAUCAUAUCAGAGACUGUGCACCAGCUGUAAUUGUUAUAUAAAUGCCUCCAUGUGAUGCUUCACUAGAAUAUGAGAUAAAAAUUCUGAAACACGAGUGUGCCUCUUGCAAGUGGAACCAUUCCAACAUUUGUCCUUUCCUUUAUCACAGAAAUCUUAAAAAAUGGACCAGGAUAAUCAGAGCCAAUGUCCGACUCAAGAGGAAAACCCAGAUGUAGGAGCAGAAGCUUCAACGACAAAAACAACACCUCCAGCUCCGGCAACAAAUCCGGUGGCUCCACCCUCAGAUCUGCCUACCGGCCAGUCCCUGGCCCUGGCCCCGGCCCCUGCCGCUGCCCGCCCUCGGCGACCUCAGAGAAGUGCCCGAGUGGAGGGCUCUGUUGACAUGGCCGAGCCUAAAGCUGCGCCCAAAGCUGAACCCGCUCCCGAGGCUCAACAGGACGAGAGCAUCACUGACGGCGCUGUGUCGAGUCGCCCGAAGCCCUCCCGCUCUGCAGCAGUCAAACCCAUAGGAGAGCGCAAGACGGGCCCCAGAGGCCCAGGGCACCACCCAGUCAGGGCUGUCUCUGUCCCCCACCCACCUGUGAGCAAGCCUGUGCCUCCUCACAUGAACCCUCAUGCACAGAGAGCCUUCUCUGUCGCAGGUACAGCUGACACUCAGGCCCAGACGCUGGAAGACUUCAGGGUGCACAUCAUCACUUGGAACGUGGGCUCGGCCACUCCACCUGAUGACAUCACCGCCUUGCUGGGGCUGAACGUGGGCGAUGGAAACACAGACAUGUACAUUAUCGGGCUGCAGGAAGUGAACUCUAUGAUUAACAAAAGGCUGAAAGAUGUCCUCUUCACAGACCAGUGGAGCGAGGUCUGCAUGGAGAGACUCAGCCCCUUUGGUUACGUGCUGGUGACCUCCCAGCGGAUGCAGGGAUUGCUACUGCUGGUUUUCGCCAAGUAUUUCCAUCUGCCGUUCCUCCGCGGCGUCCAGACCGAGACCACCCGCACUGGCCUGGGGGGAUACUGGGGGAAUAAAGGUGGAGUGAGCGCCCGCAUGUCAGUGUUCGGUCACACCGUCUGCUUCCUGAACUGCCACCUGCCGGCUCACAUGGAAAACUCCGAGCAGCGCAUGGAGGACUUCGAGAGCAUCCUGCAGCAGCAGCAGUUUGAGGGCCAGGCGGCCACCGGGGUUCUCGACCACGAUGUGGUGUUCUGGUUGGGGGAUCUCAAUUUCCGCAUUGAUGACCUGGAUAUGCAAGUGGUGAAAUCAGCGAUUGACAACAACAAGUAUUCCAUGCUGUUGGAAAAGGAUCAGCUGAACAUGGCCAAAGACAGUGAGCCAGUGUUGGAGGGUUUCCAGGAGGGGCCGCUCAAAUUCCCUCCCACCUACAAGUUCGAUGUGGGAACAAACACUUACGACACAAGUGGAAAGAAACGCAAGCCGGCUUGGACCGAUCGGAUUCUGUGGCGUCUGAGAGCCACCGCGCCUGCCGCACCUGGCGAGGGGAAGCGCACCUCCAUAUCAGGGCUGACCAACGGGGCCAAAGUGACGCAACACUGCUACCGGAGUCACAUGGAAUUCACCGUCAGCGACCACAAACCAGUCUGUUCCAUUUUUACUCUGCAGUUCCCUUACAAGGUGGAUGUUCCCCUGGUCACGCUCUAUGUGGAGGAUGAGUGGAAUUGCAUUGCUGAUGCCAUAGUCAAAUUCAAGCUGACGGCCAACUUCGCACGCAGCUCCUGGGACUGGAUCGGGCUGUACAAGGUGGGUUUCAAACACCACAAGGACUAUGUGGGAUACGUGUGGGCCAAGCAAGAGGAGGCUGACUUUCAACGACAGGAACAACAGGUGACCUUUACCGAGGAGGAACUGCCCAAAGGCUCAGGGGACUUCAUCAUAGGCUACUAUAGCAACAACAUGAGCACCAUUGUGGGUGUGACCGAACCAUUUCAGAUCCAGCUUCCUACUACAGGCCUUGACGCCAGCUCUUCAGACAGCUCAGACUUCAGCUCAGAAGACGACAGCACUGUCCCCCACAUGAAGACGAGGUCCCGCAGUCCCAGUCCACGCAAGGGAAAACACCGCCGGCAUCGCAGCGGCUCCCACAGCGGCGCCCACAGCCGCAGCCGCUCAGGCAGUCCUGCACAGGUCAAAGUGAAAGAGCGCCACCACAAGGAUGCUCCUAAGUCCGGCACCAAAGCUGAGAGUGAGUGCGCAGGGCGUCCAGCAGAGGGCAGCAGCAGCCCGGCGUCCGCUCCUGCUGAGAAAGACCAAAACCCGGUGGAUUCAGGAGUGUGAGGCGUCCGGUCCUUCUGUUGUCACAGGUCACAUAACCAACCGUUGUGUGUUUUUUAUUUGAUACAUCCACUAUGAUGUAUGUUUUCUGUCGUGAAAAUAUACAGUUUGUGAUGCCAUCCUUUUCAGGAACGGCCCUUUGGCCCAUCCGGAAAGGCUCACUUUGCCUUCAGUUGUUUUAUUAAGCUGUGCACAUAUUGUAUGUAUAUUUUUUUAUUUUUUAAACCUUUCACUUUGUUCUGUGUUUCUUGUAUCUUUGUGCGUUCUCAGGUGUGGACAGUACAGGGAGCUGAGCCCUUGCUUUAGGAACUACUCAAGGAGUUCUGGUUAUGUAGAAUAUAAGAGUGGUCCCUUCAUAACCUUUAGAAACCAUCCUCCCUACAUGUCAACACUGGAUUUAUAUCCUGCACUUGUCCUUUGCAGUCAUGUCAGCAGACUGCAAACAGUCAACAGAAGAGAAACAUGUGUGAUGAAGAGAUAACUCACCCAUCACUCUGUUUGCAGAUCAAAUAUUUUUCAGAAACAAAUCUGCUCAAACCAAAAGAACCACAAAGAAAGAGAGAAAGAUCAGCAUCACCAAUCACUUGUAUCGUUAGUUUGUAUAAAUCUGCAUAUGGACAUGCAGUUUGACUCUUGAGUAUAUUCACUAUUUUGGAAAUUUCCGCAUGAUAUUACACACGGGGAGCAUUACAAAUGAUCCAGCAAUGGGAUAGAAGUUGCUCUGGCCUGUGUCUAAACAGAGGAGAGCCAAUGUAGGUGGAGAACGAGUCUCUGGGGCUCGGCCACCAGCCUCAGCAGCAGCAGCAGAUCACAUGUCAGCAUCCAGAGGGAGUGUGGGCGUAAGAGCCUUAAAGUGGAUGUGCUGCUGUGAGAAGCACGCUGUCAGCUGACAGAACGGUGCUGUCUCGUCAGAACCAGUUGACAAAUUGUUGGCCACUCUGCUCGGCCAGCUCCAAUGAUAAUUAUAGCAAUAUCUGCUCCAACAUGUAUUGCUUAUGACAACAAUAUCUUUUCUGUGAGUUAGAGGGCCUCAUCCCAGGCAGGGAGGAGGUUACGUUACUUUGUUUAGAUGAGUUUACCCAAAACACCAAAAUCAUUUUUGUAGUUUUUUCUUUUGAUUCCAUUUCGCAUAUUUAAUAAUAUUUUUGACUUUGUGUGUUUGUGUGAUGAUUUCAACAUGAGGAAGACUUGAUCUUCAAUCUGGAUGUCACUGACAAAUGUGAACAUGAACUCUACUAUGUAGAGCUAUCACAGGGCUUUGUAUUAUACUGUGAGUAGUAUAAUACAAAAGUGACGUGUUCCACUAUCUUGAAAUAUCACAACACCAAUGUGAUAUUUCAAGUUUAUCAAAUGGUCCUUUAGACUUCUUUUACUUGGUGUAUAAUUUUGACUUUUCAGUUCUUCUUCUCUCUUGCUCAGAUCCUUUCUUUGGUGAUUAGCUGACAGCGACAACAGUCACAAUAGUUGUGUUGAUAUGUUACCUUGUGACCUCUUAUACACCAUUGUAGACACUUUGUACCUUUGGGCUGUUAGCGUAGGACAGUGUUUACUGUAGUAGCUGUAACCUCAGUGUGUGUAUGUGUCUCUAUGGAUGUGUGUGCGUGUGUGCGUGUGUGUGCGUGCGUGUGUGUGUUUGUGGCAGUGAAUGGUGUGCGACUGUGUUGGCAUGGUUUGCUGCUGGACAUACUGUACAUUCCGGUACUGUGAUUUUUGUGCCGUAAAGUGCUGUUUUUGAAUCCUCUUUGUUAUAAACGUGGCUGUGACAAUUGUUAGAGAAACAUGUUAAGGACAGUAUAAACAUUUAACAUCAGUGUAAAUGUAGGUAAAAGAAAAUGCAGGAUAGUUAAUGCUUUCGUAAAUCGGAAGCCGUUUGAAUCAUAUCAUGGUGCAUUCAUGUAUUUUAUUAAUUUAUAAUAGGGAUAAUAUAUGUUUGCUUUAGAGUAACGUUUGAAAAAGAUUAAGAUUGUAAGAACCUUGUUCUACUUAAGGUCAUUUAGAUAAGUUUGAUCAGUCCCGCAGCCCUGACCAGUGAUUAUAUAUUGUGAAACGUUUAUGAAAAAAAAGCUCUGUUAACAGAAUGUUAUUGUUAUGUAAUUAUGUGGCUAGAGGAAUAGAGGAAAAGAUAUAUGAACAUAUGAAGUAUGGUAAAAAAAAAAUAUAGCAGACAAUCUAUGCCACAAAGUUUAUUUUUACUUAAAUUAUGUAUUUAUUUUCUUAUUUAACUGUUCAAUGAGCCUGAAUUCUGCUGGCCAGUGAGGGAGCAUUAUUUCAACGGAAAUGUAAAAAUGAUAUUAUAAAAAUAUGGAUUCAUUUUUGUAUUUGUAACUAUGAAGAGUUAAGAUCAAAUGUUGCUUUUAAUGUCUGAAAUGUAGAUUGUUAUGUCUACAGGUGUUUGUAUCGUGAAUACAUUUAAAAAAAAAUACAGCAAGCGAGGUGUGAGGUAUCGAUUGUCGGCACAUGAGGAUUCAUCUCUGUGAAAUCAUGUGAUCGGUGGGGAGGAUUUGUAAGGGUUGCUUGCUUUGUUCUUCCCCUGAAGUAGUGAAGCACUGUCCAAAGAAAAAAUAUAUACUCUCCUUCAAACUGUGGUCUGUCUGUUUCCUGAGUC